AAUCGAAUCGACCGUCUAUUGCCAAUAUUGAUCGGUAUUGGUGUUUACACUUUCUCAGCAGUAAUAGAAAGUCAACAGUGUUUUAAAGAGAGAAUUUCCAUUCAAAAACAAAGCCGCUAGUAUCGAACCAACACAAAACAUAUACACAUAAAACAGAGCAGCCGAUUCGAUUGACGAGCCACAGCCGUACGUUUAUCGCAAUAGCAAACGAGCGCGCGUCUGUGUCGGUUUCAUGUACGUGCAUACUGUCAGGACUGCUUGUGCUCUGUCCAACUAUAAAAAGUGUGUGUCACUGUGUUUGUGUGUGCAUGUAUGCAUGUAUUUGUGUAGAGCGGCGCGAUAUCGGCUUGUAAUGGCGACCGUCAGAAAAUUAUAAUGUACCAGUGUUUCAGUGUACGAAAUGCAAUAAGAAGAAGAAGUAGAAUAAGCACAAAAAGAAAAAUAUUAAAAUUGAAGUUGAAGUUAAUGUAAAGUAAAGCACAGCUAAAGAAGUGCACACAGCAAGAGAGUGAGCGAUCGAGCCAAAUGGACGGCUAUAGAAGAAAAACUUUUUAAAUAAUAAAUCUAAACUAAAUUAAACAAAUUCAAAUCGUGAAAAUCUUUCGAAUUGACAAAAAAAAAAUAAUUAAAAUAUAUAUAAAUACAUAUGUAUCAUAUACGUAUGUGUAUGUACGUAUAUAUUUUUAAAAUAAUAUUUUAGCGUUGUGUUUGAUUUUAAUUUUGGCACACAAUUGAGACUUGGUUUUCGUACAAAGUGAGAGACAGAGAAAGAACGAAUUUUUAAAAAAAAUAUAUAUAUAUCUAGUGUAACAGAACACACAAAAAUUGAAACGGAACAGUAAUUGAAGAAUCGAAAAGAGAAAGAGUGUGUGGUGAAGAGAGAUAGAUAAUAAUAAAAGAAAAUAAAUACAAAAAAAGAAAAGAUUUUUGACAGCAAAUUGUUGGUGUUGUGUGUGAUAUGUUGCAAUGGAAGGAUCAGUGCUCAAGUGGAAAAGAGUGCUUAAUCCAACAGGACCACAGCCAAGACCUCGUCAUGGUCAUCGUGCCGUUGCGAUCAAGGAAUUAAUGGUUGUUUUUGGUGGUGGAAAUGAGGGAAUUGUGGAUGAGCUUCAUGUUUACAAUACGGCCACAAACCAAUGGUGCGUGCCAGCGACGAAAGGCGAAGUGCCACCAGGAUGUGCAGCCUAUGGUUUUGUCGUUGACGGAACCCGAAUUUAUGUAUUUGGUGGAAUGGUUGAGUAUGGAAAGUAUUCUAAUGAAUUGUAUGAAUUGCAAGCAACCAAAUGGGAAUGGCGAAAAUUAUCACCGAAAGCUCCGGAAAAUGGGCCACCACCAUGUCCUCGGUUAGGUCACAGUUUUACAAAAGUCGCCAAUAAAAUCUAUCUAUUUGGCGGUUUGGCCAACGAAAGUGAUGAUCCAAAAAAUAAUAUUCCACGAUAUCUAAACGAUUUAUACACAUUGGAAAUUGUUGGCAAUCAACAAAUAUGGGAUUUACCAACAACAUAUGGAGAUCAACCGCCUCCGCGUGAAUCACAUACGGGCGUUGCAUAUACAUGCAAAAAAACAGGCAAAUCCAGUCUUGUCAUUUAUGGUGGCAUGAGUGGAUGCCGUCUCGGUGAUUUGUGGCUUUUGGAUACGGAAACAAUGAUGUGGACGAGACCAAUCACAAAUGGACCAACACCAUUACCUCGAUCAUUGCACAGUUCAACGUUGAUCGGUCAUCGAAUGUUUGUGUUCGGUGGAUGGGUUCCAUUGGUUGUCGACGAAGUGAAAUUAGCCCAACACGAAAAAGAAUGGAAAUGUACCAAUACACUUGCAUGCUUGGAUUUAGAAAAUAUGCGAUGGCAAGAGCUCAUAAUGGAAACAAAUGAUGAUGAUUCGCCACGUGCUCGAGCCGGCCAUUGUGCUGUCGGUAUUCAUACACGCUUAUACGUUUGGUCCGGUCGCGAUGGUUAUCGUAAAGCAUGGAAUAAUCAAGUAAGGGUUUGCUGCAAAGAUUUAUGGUAUUUGGAGGUUGAGGUGCCACCAACUGCAUCGCGCGUCUCUUUGGUUCGUGCAUCAACAACAACACUUGAAGUUUGCUGGAGUACAACACCAACCGCUCAAGCAUAUUUGCUAGAAGUACAGAAAAUUGAGCAGCCACCACAACCACAACCAAUUCCGGUCACCGUUAAGAAACAACAACAUCAACCGGUUUCAGCAAUUACAGCUAGCGCCAAUGAAGGACAAGUUCUUUCAUCGCCAAAGACUCCAAUUCGUGCCGCACAAACAACUGCAACACCAAUUUCGUAUGGUGUUAGUGCAGCUCAAUCAAUUUUAUCGCAGAACUCGGUCGCAACAUCGAUUAACAAUCAACAAGGACAAAUUAUUCUUACAACAUCGGCACCGAUACCAACGUUGGUAUCGUCAACGAUCGCUCAACCGAAGACACAGCAAUUCAAAAAUAUCGUCUCAAGUGUGUCCGUUCAACCCACACAAAUUCAACAACAACAAGGUGUUCGUAUUGUUAAUGCACAAACAUCAAAUGUUCGCGUCUUACAAAGUGGUCAAACUGUUCGCAUUGCAUCAUCUCAACCGGGUACAGCACAAGUUGGAUCACCAAUCAGCACCACUAUUUUGCGACAACAACCAACAGUUCUCAAUUCGACCGCAUCCCCAAUCGUAUCGGCUGGUAAGUUUUCAAGUACUGUAUUGGCUGGAAGUACUUCGGCAACGACAAUUGGUGGCAAACAGAUUUUAUUGCAGAAACCAAUCAGUUUGUCGGGACAGAAUGUACUGCAAUUAGUUAAAACUAGUCAAGGAAUGGCGGUACAAUCUCUACCAAAAGUCAAUGUUAUGCAAAAGGCUGGAACAUCGAUAAAUGCAAAUAUUCAACAGCAAAUCAUGGGUGGCGCUCAAAUUGUGACUGCUGGCGGUACAGCGAACCAAGGUGCAAAGACGGCAUUGAUCGGUACAAAUGUCGUUAAAUUGGUUUCACCAACAGCUGUUGGCGGUAAUAAAAUUCAGAUUGUUAGUGGUGCACAGAUUGUUAAAACUGGCGGCGCAACCAAUCAAGUUCAAGUUGGUAAAGUCGGAGGAGGGGCUGGUAAACCAGCGUUUGUUAUCACAAACAAACAAGGACAACCGAUCCGAACAAAUCAGCAAAUUAUUUUUGUGACAACAGCAAGCGGUAUUCGAACCGUGCAAACUGGUUCAAUAGUCACAUCGUCGACAAAUAAUUUUGUGUCAUUGGUAUCGUCACCACAAGUGAAUACAAUAACAUCAGCAAUUGCAAGUGGUGCAAAUUCGGUUCAAACGACACCCGGCACCGUGAAAAUGAUUCGUGGCGUUGGACAACAAGGAAAGCCAAUCACAUUCACGUUGCCAGUUAGUAAUUUACAAGGAAAUAAAACCGGUUCACCGCAAUUGAUAUCGAUGCAACAAAAGGGCUUAACAAUUGGCGGCAAAGCAGUUACAGUUCAAUUAGCGCCCGGUAAUCAAAAAACGGUAACCAUUGUAUCAUCAGCCAGUGGCGGUAUUCAAAAAACAAUAAAUGCGGCCGAUCUUCAAGCGGGCGGUCAUAAAAUCGUAAUGAUGCCAUCGAAACGUGUAGCAAACGUCAUCACAACACAAAAAGCAAUUCCAAUGUCAGUCGCUCAAAUGGCUGACACUGGAAAUGAUCAGGGCGAUAAUAGUCAUUUAGAAGUGCUUGACCAAUUGGAUGGUGCCUUUGACAUGGAUAGCGAAGACGAUGAAACAAGUCGAACGACAGCUGUGGAAACGGACAUUUCCGAUGUUGAAAUGAAGCGCAAAACAAGUCGAAAACGUGGUAAAUAUCAACAACAAAAAAAUCGAAAACUUAGCAUAGCAAGUGGGUCUGGUAUUCAUAAAUCGUGUCGAAAUACAUUGGACAAUCGUGCGCUUAAAAAAAUUGUACCAAAAUACGUGAAAAUGGGUCUGUUUGGUGGUUCACCGAUGGCGUUUAGCACCGAUCCAGACGAACAACCCGAGAGCACCACGGAACAAGAUUCAGAUAAUAGACAAAACGAAGCAAAUGUCAGCAAUGAAGAUCAAGAAUUGGGAGAUGCACAAGUUGAUACCUCAGUAGCAGAAGCCGAUGGAAAUACCGUACAGCAAAGCACAGACGAUGAAAAUCAAACGACCGCCGACGAACAGAAAAAUGAUGCGGUCACAACGAGCGACGCUGAUUAUUUGAACGCAAGCGGUAGUGAAGUAGGCACCGGUGAACAGUAUAUAAAUAAUGAAGCUGAACAAAAACCACAAACCGAAAGUGGAAAUCGUCAUACCGAACCAACACCAUCGGAUACGGAAGCCGCAAACAUUUUAACAACGAUUAAAAGUGGUGAUUUAUUACGAAACAACGAUAGUAAACCAGAAAAUUCGGCCACAACAACAAUUGCAAUGACAACGUUGGCAUCACCAACAUCAGCAUCGGGCCAAAGCGUGCAGGAAAACGUGAAAAUUCUAUUCAGCAGUGAGCCAGCCAAAAACACUGGAAAUGUUGCAAUCAAAACUGUACAAAAAUCAACAGCUGGCGCUGUUACAUACGCAAAUUCAAACACCGGAGAUUUGGAUGCACUUGCCUCGGCCGCACUACAAGCCUCUUCAGUUCCGUUCAUAGGAAAUGACAGAGUAAAUAAAAUUGGCACCAAUAAAAAUCGACUGAAUUCGAUAGGCAACGAAUCAGUUGGUGACGAUAAAUCGAAUGCUGACAAUGGAAAUAAAUGGCAUACGGUUGGUAUUUUCAAAGACUUAACACAAAUAAUUACCGGUUACAUAAACCAUGAUGAAUGGAAUAGUUCAAUGUUAAGUGGCACAUUAACAUCCGAAAAUUUACCCGAUCUAUCGGCAUUCAAGAGAAUUCCACUUGAACCAGGCACGCCAUAUCGAUUCCGGUUGGCCGCUCUCAACGGUUGCGGACUUGGUGACUUUGGUGAAUGCUCAUCGUUUAAAACAUGUCUUCCUGGUUUUCCGGGCGCUCCAUCAGCGAUAAAAAUAUCCAAAUCACCGGAAGGUGCACAUUUAUCAUGGGAACCGCCACCAUCAAUUCAAGGCGAAAUCUUUGAAUAUUCCGUAUAUUUAGCAGUGAAAUCGCCAAACAAAGAAAAAUCACCACCAACCCAAUUAGCAUUUGUUCGUGUGUAUUGCGGACCAAACAAUCAAUGUACCGUACCAAAUACGUCGUUGGCAACAUCUCAUGUUGAUUACACAUCCAAACCUGCUAUUAUAUUCCGCAUUGCAGCUCGAAAUGAUAAAGGAUAUGGACCAGCCACACAAGUUAGGUGGUUACAAGAUCCACAAAGUGGCAAAACUUCCACAACAACACCAGCAUCGUCAACACCAAAUGCAGCCGCAAAACGUGGUUUCGACAAAACGCAUGUUCCAAGUCCAAUAAAACGAGCUAAAACAACCGUUACUAAAAAGCACGUUCUACACGAAUAAAUCGCCAAGCUGUGUGUUAUGGAAAUAAGUUCGAAAAAUGUUUGGCUAUUGACAUUUUACAUUAUGUAUUGCAUGUUGAUAGUUCAAAAGUUUGCUAGAACAACUUCUUUGACAAAAUACAUAAGCAUCCGAUUAAUAACAAUUGCACACUAACUGACGCUAAAAACUAGAAAACAAUGAACAGAGAGACAUUAUAUACUAUUGUUGUAUAGAUAUAAAUUGAGAAGCAAAUCAAAUCCACUUGACAAAUGAACGAAUGAAAGAAACAAACGCAUAUGAUGGUGUUCGCUCACAUAAGAUUUCUGUUUGUUUGACGGUUUUUUUUUCACUCUGUCAUUUGUUUAAAAUGUUAUUAUCAAACGAAAAAUAAAAUAUGCAAUCGAAUAGAACCGAUUCGAUUGAAUUCUUAUCAAGAUGAAUAAAAAAAAAAACAAUGAAACACAAAGCAUUGAGUGAAAAUGACAUUUGUAGGAAAAGCAAAUUUAUAUAAGGCCACAAAUGGUUUUUCUUUUUUUUUUAUAUAUAUAUAUAUGAUUUCUUUUUUGACAUUACAAUCGUAGAUGUUAAUGAAGUGAACGAAUCCGCGAAAAUUAAAAGAAUAUUAAUAAAUGAAGUUUAAAUAUAAUCUUUAUAUAAACAGAGAUGAGAAUGCGUGUGUGAGAGAGAGAAAGAGUAAAAUACAUACAAAAAUUUGCAUAAGUCUAUGUAAUCUUAAAAGAAAAUGAGCAUUGUACAUUUUUUCGAAUAUCAAAAA